UUAGCAGUGACAGAAGUUCAAUGAAAAACUUUGAUUUCAUUUCAUACUCCAGUCUUGGUCAUUUUUUCCUCCCAGUAAACCCCCCUAAAACUCACCUGCUCUUCACCUUCAUUCCUCUCAGUUUCUCUCUCCUCAAAUCCCAUCUUCGCCAUUUUCGCCGACCUCCAUUUCUUCCGAAUUCUCCUCUCUCUCCUCCAUAGCCAAACGAUCGAGACCUAGGGAGAGAAAGACGCAAAAAACGUCGGAGAGAGAACAAGCAUAGGUAUAGUGUAGAGAGAGUAGGAGACAGACGGUUUCAAUGGCGUUGUCUGCUUCAGACCUUCCGAUGAUGUAUCAGUUGCUCGCCAAUUCUCUUAACGGCGACCAGACUGUUCGGAAACCGGCCGAAACCGCGCUUUCUCAAUCCGAGAGUCGGCCUGGUUUCUGUUCUUGCCUUUUGGAAGUGAUUACUGCGCAAGAUUUGGUGGCUCAGGUUGAUGUUCGUUUGAUGGCUACGGUUUAUUUUAAGAACAGUAUUAAUCGGUAUUGGCGAACCAGACGGGAUUCUAUGGGAAUCAGCAGUGACGAGAAGAUUUAUCUGAGGCAAAAAUUGCUGUCUCACUUGAGAGAAGAAAAUGAUAAGAUAGCUUUGAUGCUGGCAGUUCUGAUAUCAAAAAUUGCACGCUUUGAUUAUCCUAAAGAGUGGCCUGAACUAUUUUCAGCUUUAGCUCAGCAGCUUCAAUCAGCAGAUGUUCUUUCUUCCCAUAGGAUUUUUCUGAUUCUCUUUCGGACUUUGAAGGAACUAUCAACUAAACGGCUAACUUCAGACCAACGAAACUAUGCAGAGAUUUCUUCCCAUUUCUUUGAUUACUGCUGGCAUCUUUGGCAAAGUGAUGUGCAGAGAAUUUUGCAUGGAUUUUCUGAAUUGGCACAUAACUUCAGUUCAAAUGUCUUUGACCAGCAUCAAAAUGAGCUGUACCUAAUAUGUGAGAGAUGGUAUUUGUGCUUAAAGAUCAUACGUCAGUUAGUUAUGUCAGGCCACCAGAGUGAUUCCAAGUCUAUGCAGGAAGUUCAACAGGUUAAGGAGGUUUCUCCCAUGUUACUAAGUGCUAUUCAAUCAAUAAUCCCUUAUUAUUCAUCUUUCCAAGAACGACAUCCUAGGUUCUGGGAUUUCAUAAAAAAAGCAUGCACUAAGAUGAUGAAGGUUCUAAUUGCUUUUCAGGGAAAGCAUCCUUUCUCAUUUGGUGAUAAGAGCGUCCUUUCACCUGUCGUUGAUUUCUGCUUAAAUAAGAUCACCAAUCCAGAGGCUGAACUCUUUUCAUUUGAACAAUUUUUUAUCCAAUGUAUGGUGUUGGUAAAAUCUACCCUGGAAUGUAAAGACUACAGUCUUAUGGUUGGUUGUGUGAUAAAUGAAAAUGCAGUCACUGCAGAGCAGAGGAAGAAAAGUAUCUCUUCUGCUGUUGCCGAGAAUCUUGCCUCACUCUUCCCCAAUGAUCUUGUGGUACUACUAUGCAAUAUAUUAGUACGGAGGUAUUUUGUUUUAUCAGCAAGGGAUUUGGAAGAAUGGAGUCAGAAUCCUGAAGGCUUUCAUCAUGAACAGGACAUGGUGCAGUGGACUGAGAAACUAAGGCCCUGUGCUGAAGCUCUCUACAUCGUUUUAUUUCACAAGUAUAGCCAACUGCUAGGUCCUGUAGUAGUCUCCAUUCUUCAAGAAGCGAUGAACGGUUGCCCUACUUCUGUGACUGAAAUUACCCCUGGAUUGCUGCUCAAGGAUGCUGCUUAUGGAGCUGCAGCAUAUGUUUAUUACGAACUCUCAAACUACCUAAGCUUCAAAGACUGGUUUAAUGGUGCAUUGUCGCUGGAACUCACAAAUGAUCAUCCUAACAUGCGCGUCACCCAUCGAAAGGUUGCAUUGAUACUUGGUCAAUGGGUGUCAGAGAUAAAAGAUGAUACCAAGAGAUCAGUAUAUUGUGCUGCUAUCAAGCUGCUCCAGGAUAGGGACCUUGCUGUGAGGCUGGCAGCGUGUAGGACUUUGUGCUAUCUUAUAGAAGACUCAAACUUCUCCGAGAAGGACUUCACAGAUCUUCUUCCAUUAUGUUGGGAUUUGUGUUUUAAUUUGAUGGAGGAGGUUUCGGAGUUUGACUCUAAGGUCCAGGUUUUGAAUUUGAUCUCUGUUCUUCUUGGACAUAUUGGUCAAGUGAUUCCUUAUGUGGACAAGUUGGUCAAGUUUUUCCAGAAGGUCUGGGAAGAGUCUUCUGGAGAAAGUCUUCUGCAAAUGCAGCUUCUCAUUGCACUGAAGAACUUUGUCGUGGCUCUUGGGUAUCAAUCACCUAUUUGCUACAAUGUAUUACUGCCCAUUUUGCAAAGAGGAAUAGAUGUGAAUGGUCCAGAUGAGCUCAAUCUUAUGGAGGACAGUAUGCUGUUGUGGGAGACUACCCUUACAUAUGCGCCGUCAAUGGUUCCACAGCUGUUGGACUUCUUCCCAUGUCUUGCGGAUAUCAUCAAUAGAAGUUUUGAUCACCUGACGGUUGCGGUUGACAUUAUUGAAGAUUACAUAAUCUUGGGUGGAACCGAGUUCUUAAGUAGGCAUGCCUCUUGUGUAGCUAAACUUUUGGAUGUGAUACUUGGAAGCAUAAAUGAAAGGGGACUUCUGUCAGUCCUUCCUGUCAUUGAUAUUCUAGUGCAGUGUUACCCUAUGGAAGUACCUCCGCUUAUCAGCGCUACUCUUCAGAAAUUGUUUGUUCACUGUCUGUGUGGAGGAGAUGAGCGUGAUCAUCCCUCUAAAACAGCUGUAAAAUCAUCAUCAGCCGCCAUUUUAGCAAGAAUUUUAGUGCUGAAUACCAAUUACCUUGCUCAAUUAACAUCAGAUUCUACUACUUUGAAACAACUUCAAGACGCAGGUUUCCCUAUGGAAGAGAACGUUCUUCUCUGUUUGGUUGAUGUAUGGUUAGAGAAGGUUGAUAAUAUGACUUCAAUUCAGAGAAAAACAAUUGGCUUAGCUCUUUCUAUUAUUCUUUCCUUGAGGCUGCCUCAAGUUCUUGAUAAACUUGAUCAGAUCCUCAGCGUUUGUACCAGUGUGAUAAUGGGUGGUAACGAUGACUUAUCAGAGGGAGAGUCCAGUGGUGAUAACAUGACUUCCAUCAGGCCUCAAAUUGAAGGAGUUGUUCUGAGCAAAGAGUUUAAGAAGCGGCAGAUCAAAUUGUCAGACCCUAUAAAUCAGAUGUCGGUGGAGAAUGCAGUGAGAGAGAACCUUCAAACAUGUGCUGCCCUUCAUGGCGAUACCUUUAAUGCUGCAAUAAAUAGAAUGCAUCCUUCAGCUCUUUCGCAAAUGAAGCAGGCAUUGAAGAUGUCAUAACGAGGCAAUUGUCUAUUUCUUGUUGUCAACAUUAUUUACUCCUGGCAAUUUUUGUUAAUUCCAUGCUUGGAGAAGUUGAGGGUGCAUCCAAACCUCGUAUACCUACAGUGAGUGGAGGUUUCAUUGCCAAGUUUUUGGUGGCAAGCUUGUUGUGUGAUGCGGAUUCUUUACGAUUCUUUCAAUUUGUGUUGGGCCUUCUCCCCUCUCUAGUCUAUAUAUUUUUUCCUCGUUACUUUUUGUUGUUCCUUUAACCAAUACCUCAGCCUCUUGUACAUGCCGAUUAUGGCGAUAGGAACUCUGUACAUAGGCAUUGAGCAUGUCUUUGUAUGUAUUCCUAAUUCCCUAGGCAAGAGUCAUUAUAAUUUUCACAGAUUACUCAUGUAAUGAGAGUAUUCACAGGAAGUAUAUGCCGUAUGAUUUUUUUUCCUGUGUAGUUUGUAAAGCGUGACUGAAAUCAGUUAGCAUUUUUGACA